AUGACUCGUACUGUUUCGACAAACACUGAGGGUGUGCCCACCUACUGGGGCACCUCUGGCAGACCCCUUCAGAUGCUCAUCACCGCCGUCGCCACUACCGAUUUCCUUCUCUUUGGUUAUGACCAGGGUGUCAUGUCUGGUAUUAUCGAGUCCGAUGCUUUCCUCGAGGACUUCCCCGAGGCUGGCUGGGGCAGCAACUGGCAAGGUUUCAUCGUCUCUAUCUACGCUGUUGGCUGUCUCUUCGGUGCUAUCUUCAUUCUCACGCUCGGUGACAAGCUCGGUCGCCGCAAGUCAAUCUUCAUCGGUGCCUCGGUCAUGAUCAUUGGUGUUAUCAUCCAAGUCUGCUGUGUUGGCACCAGUUCAGGAUCUACAGCGCAAUUCAUCGUCGGCCGAUUCAUCACCGGUGUAACCGAGUGCUCCAAGGCUCACAACAGAGGCAAAGUCAUCUGCAUUGAGGGCGGCAACGUCGCCGUCGGCACGCUUAUUGCUUACUGGAUCGACUAUGGCUGCACUUACGGCCCUCACAACCUGGUCUGGCGUUUCCCCAUCGCCUUCCAGAUCUUCUUCGCUCUCGUUGUCCUCAUUAUCAUGACAAGACUGCCUGAGUCACCUAGAUGGCUGCUUUCGCAUGACAGACAAGACGAAGCCCAGGUUAUUCUUGCAGCUCUUCAAGCCAAGCCCACAGACGAUCCUGAAGUCAAACUCGAGUCCGGCAUCAUUCUUGACUCCAUCAAGGCUGCUGGCGGUUUCGGUGAGAAGAUGCCCUUCUCUGUCCUUUUCACUGGUGGCAAGACUCAACACUUCCGUCGUAUGUUGCUCGGUGCCGGGUCCCAAUUCAUGCAGCAACUUUCUGGUUGUAAUGCCGUCAUCUACUACUUCCCCGUUCUGUUCCGCGAUUCCAUCGGUACUUCCAAGAACCUGUCGCUCCUCCUCGGUGGUAUCAACAUGGUCGUAUACGCACUCUUCGCUACCACUUCCAUGUUCCUCGUUGAGCGUGUCGGACGUCGCAAGCUCUUCCUCUACGGUACUGUUGGACAGUGCUUGUCCAUGGUUAUUGUCUUCGCUUGUCUUAUCCCCGGUGACCCUCAGUCCGCAAAGGGUGCCGCCGUCGGUCUCUUCACAUACAUCGCCUUCUUUGGUGCCACCUGGCUCCCUCUACCUUGGCUCUACCCUGCUGAGAUCAACCCACUCAAGACUCGUGCCAAGGCCAACGCUCUAUCUACCGUCUCUAAUUGGCUGUGGAACUUCUUCAUCGUCAUGAUUACCCCUGUGCUUAUCAGCAGCAUUCACUGGGGUACCUAUCUCUUCUUCGCCGUGCUCAACGCUCUCUUCUUCCCUGUCAUCUACUACUUCUAUCCCGAGAGCUCCGGAAGGACUCUUGAGGAGAUCGACCUUAUCUUCGCUAAGGGCUACCUCGAGAAGAUGUCCUACGUUACUGCUGCCAAGGAGCUUCCUCACAUGAACCCCGAGGAGAUCGACGCAAAGGCUCGCGAGUACGGCUUCCAGUCCUCUGACGACGAGGCCGGCCAAGUCAAGGACGCCCGCUUCGGCGAGAAGGAAGACGACCUCGCCUACGGCGGUGGUGGCCAGAUGGCUUAA